ACUUCUACGAUAUCUGUUCCACCGUCCAUCCUUUUCCUCUCAUUUCCACUUUAACUACACCCUCAUAGUAUUUUUAUUCUAAAAAGACAGAGCGGCACAGACUGUUUUAUCCACUUUUAAGGUCUUAGAAGAAGAAAAAGACAUCAACACCUGCAGCCAUGAAUGGUACAGAAGGACCCAACUUCUAUGUACCCAUGUCUAACAAGACUGGGGUUGUGCUCAGCCCAUUUGAGUACCCUCAGUACUACUUGGCAGAGCCGUGGAAGUACUCUCUUCUUGCUGCGUACAUGCUGUUCCUCAUCAUCUCUGCCUUCCCCAUUAACUUUCUCACCCUCUAUGUCACGGUCAAGCACAAAAAGCUGAGGACCCCACUGAACUAUGUUCUGCUUAACCUGGCGGUGGCCGAUCUUUUUAUGGUAGUUGGGGGCUUUACGGUCACUCUCUACACAGCCCUGCACGGAUAUUUUGUCUUAGGUGUCACCGGUUGCAAUAUUGAAGGAUUCUUUGCCACCUUAGGAGGAGAGAUUGCUCUCUGGUCUCUGGUUGUUUUGGCUAUUGAGCGCUACAUUGUGGUCUGUAAGCCAAUGACCAACUUCCGCUUUGGAGAAAAACAUGCCAUCGCUGGCCUGGGUUUCACAUGGGUCAUGGCCCUGACCUGUGCUGCUCCCCCUCUCUUUGGAUGGUCCCGGUACAUCCCAGAGGGAAUGCAGUGCUCCUGUGGGAUUGACUACUACACUCCCAAGCCUGAGAUCAACAACACCUCAUUCGUCAUAUAUAUGUUUGUCCUCCACUUCUGUAUCCCCCUGUUCAUCAUCUUCUUCUGCUACAGUAGCCUCCUCUGCACUGUGCGAGCGGCUGCAGCUCAGCAGCAAGAGUCUGAAACCACCCAGAGGGCAGAGAAGGAAGUGACUCGCAUGGUCAUUGUCAUGGUGAUCUCCUUCCUGGUGUGCUGGGUGCCCUAUGCCAGUGUGGCUUGGUACAUCUUUGCCAAUCAGGGAACUGAGUUUGGGCCAGUAUUCAUGACUGCUCCCGCCUUCUUUGCCAAGAGUGCCGCUCUGUACAACCCAGUCAUCUACAUUCUGCUAAACAGACAGUUCAGAAACUGCAUGAUCACCACGGUGUGCUGUGGAAAGAACCCAUUCGGAGAAGAUGAGGCUACCGUCUCUAAAACUCAGACUUCAUCCGUCUCUUCAAGCCAGGUGGCCCCCGCUUGACCUGUGCUCCCUCACUCUCCCUCUUCUGUCCCAUCUGUCCCUGCUCAGAUGGGGACCCACCACCGCCAAGCAGCGCUACCUUCAAUCAGCCAAUCCUCUUGACUUACCUCUCCCUUUGUCUUCUCUGCAGUGUCGCCACUGCACCUUCAAGCGGGACUGAUGUAUUCAAAGGCCAGCAUGUGUGUUUUUAAUCCAUUAAAUUAUGGAGUGUUCAGCUGGUCUCACAGAUUUUAACCUUGCAUCAAAAGAGGUGACCACUUGAUGGUCAUCCAACUGAGCACCAUUUGAGCACCCCAUUUUCCAAAAAAGACAUGCUGGGUAAAAAUCCAACUGUAAGUAAUUAUCGCAGCUAAAUAUAUAUUAAAAGCCUGUGCUUUAAACAAUCAAUUAUAUGAAAAAGUGGAAUUGUUUUGUUUAGAUACUUUAACUCAGAUGAGAUUUUAGGCUCUACUCUUGUCUCUCUCUCUUUUCUAAUAGCUGCGUUGAUACAGCUGAAGGUUAGCUUCUUGAUAUUGUCUGAGACAUUAUUGCAACAAAAAGAAAAAAAGGACCUCCUGCAAGAGGCUGUGUGUGUGUGUGUGUGUGAGGUGGAUGUUUAUGUAUCUGAAUGUCUGAAUGUUAGUGUGCGUAUUAAGGUGAAACAGGAAUAUUACUGUAAAGGCUAGGAUUUGUGGCAGUUGUUCUGUGUCCUGCAAUAAAAAACGAAGCUAAAUGUCUGCA